AUGAGUGGUCCCAGUUGUUCGGAAACUACUUCGUUACGCUCGUUACGGGCUCAAAAAUUUGAGCAAUGGAGAGCUCAAGAACUUUUUGUUGAACGGAUUUACAGGGUGUGUAACCAUGUUCAUCCUGGGAUUGGAGUUGAGCAUGAGGCAGUUCAACUUAUUCAAGAUCUGCUUAUGCGUAUACUGUAUGAGAUUCUUGAAGCUCGACCUCAAAAAGUUGAGGACAUGGAACGAUGUAUGCGAAAUUCUAUACCGGAAAGUAUGUGCAGAUGGAUAACACAGGAAUAUGAAACUAAUGAUUUGUUUUCCAUUAUAACCGCUCGAAGACUGUACGAAAGGAGGAGUUCGAAUGCUAAAAACGUUGUUUCUGUUUUUCAUACGCUACAAGCGAAAUUUAAAGAGCACUAUGGUUAUCAUGUUGAUGAUAAAGUCGUUCUUUAUGCUUUAUCUAUUAUUGACUAUAUUAUUGCUGAUAUUCUUAAAUGGACUGGUAACUACAUAAAGAACAUCCGGAAAAAAACCCUUACAAUAGGCCUGGAUGACCUUAAGGUUGCUUUGGGAGCAGACUUGAACUUAAUUGAGCUCUCUGAAAUGCUUAUCAACGAUGGUGAUUCUGUUUUUCUUGGUAUGCCAUGCCACUGUCAAGUGGAAUCUAUAAAAGCCAAAGACUGGACAUACAAAGGGGUUGCCUUAACUUUCAAACAUGAGGAGGAGCAGUAUUUGGAAGUUCUUGAUAUGAUAACUAACGUAUUUAGGCAGCGGUUCGAAACUGCUCUUGGAACUUCUGGCAAGCAUUAUCUGGAAGACGUUUUUGGCAAUGUUGUUGAAAUUUAUGAACUGACGUUGAAAGUUCAAAGACUUCUUGAGGAUGCUAUCGAAAUGUCCGACACUCCCUGUGUUGGGGCAGGCAUUUGGGAGCUUUGUGAGGCUCAAGAAUUUGACGUUUAUGUUACUUAUAUGAAUCUUUUUGAACGUGGAGAAGACAGAGAGGCUUCAAUGGUUCGUGCACUAAAAAACUUGUUGAGUGACUCAGCAUACAAAACGUUUUUUGAGGUCGAAGAUCGUAAAUACAGUAUUUCGCCUGGAGGAAAAACGUUUACUCUUAUGGUCAAUUAUGUUUUGCCAAGCUUAUUGCAAAUCCCAGUCUUACACUUCUUUCGAUAUGUCAAAUACACUGCUACUUUGAGCUGUUUAAUCGAAGUCGCCGAAGAAAAAGAGGAUUUGAGGUGUGCUUUAACAUACUUCAAUCAUAACGGAAUGCGUAUUGAAUCGUUAUGUACUCCGGAGCUAAAAACACGUUUACGAAAUGAUCAACCAAAUGGAAUUAGUCCGAGUUCCAAUAAUAAAGACGAUUUUCGCCGUAUAUUAGAAAUACAGCGUAGUAUUGAAGCUUGGGAGGGAGAUGCGAUUGGGUACAGUUGUACCUCUGUAGUAAGAGAGGGAGAUUUAAUGAUGAUUCGAUCUCAAUCUGCGACAGUUAGUUUAAUUGUAGACACUUUAAAAAAAGCUCGGAACGUUACUGAUCGCCACGUCUUUCUUUUCGAUCAACUUUUGGUUUUUUGUAAAUUUCAUCGAUCUGCGAGACCUGACAAACCCCUCUAUAAGUUCAAAGGAAGUGUCAUGAUUCGGAAGACAGAAAUAUUUGAUGUGGACGAUACCGAAGAAUUCCAAAACGCAUUUCGCAUUCAAAUUCGCCAUUCGCAGGAUUCGAUGGAAGCAUGGACUUUACUCUGCAGAACGUCUGAGGAGAAAACGAGCUGGCUAACUGAUCUUGUGACUAUACAAACAAAGAGUAUUCUCAAUAGAAUGUUAAGCAGCUCUCAAGAGGAGGAAAGAAAACGCUAUCCGUUAAUUCUUCCUAGUCUGAAGCAGUACAGAUUUGCAGAACCAGAUACUGACGAUAAUAUUGUUUUUGAAGACUAUACUUCAAGUAGUGGCAUUCCAGUUGUAAAACAUGCUACCGUACUAAAAUUAGUGGAACGACUUACAUAUCAUUUGUACACCGAUAAUAACUUUGUUAGAACUUUCCUCACGACCUACCGUUCUUUCUGUUCCCCUCUUGAUCUUCUUCAACUACUGAUUGAAAGAUUUAAAGUACCAACUCCUUAUCAGUUGUCUGCAGUGGAACGUAAUGGGUCUAACUCACCACCAUGGUUUUAUGAUACAAAUUAUGCGAAAAAUGGAGCUUACGCAACUAUACAUGCUCAGGGGUUUCCCGGACAAGUAACAGUGGUUCCAUGGAAUCGAGUCGAAAAGAGUUACCAUCUUUUCCGGAAAGACUAUCUUCGUCCAAUACAAUUGAGCGUACUACGCGUAAUUCGUCAGUGGGUAAAUCAACACUGGUAUGACUUCGAAAAUGAUCCUCUUCUUUUGGCCAACUUGACUUUCUUCUUGAAGGAGACAGAUCAUCAAGCGAAUGUGAAGAACUCAUACAAAGAUUGGUGUAGAAAUAUACAAACUUUUCAGUCUUGUAUCGCAAGGAAAACUCGUCAUGAGACUCUUUCGCAAAACCGCUCAACGACCUCAGAAGGCGCUAUCAAUCAGGUUGAAGAGCAAUCACCAUCCUCUUCUCCUCGACUGUUUCUUCCCUGUACACCUCCAGUGCUUUGGCACACUGCUAAAAAGGGAGAGGUGGCCACUUAUGACUUGCUGUCACUGCACCCUUUGGAGAUUGGUCGUCAGUUGACACUGGUUGAAUUUGACUUGUACCGUGCAAUAAAGCCAAUAGAGCUGGUUGGGUCAGCUUGGACUAAGAGGGACAAGGAUCGUAGGAGUCCUCAGUUGCUUAGACUUAUUGAACAUAGUACUAUGCUAACAUACUGGGUUGCUCGUUCAAUCGUGGAAACUCCAUCACUAGAGGAACGAGUAGAAAUGUUUUCAAGGGUUUUGGAGAUUAUGAUGGUUUUUGAGGAAUUGAAUAAUUUUACAGGCCUUGUCGCGUUGUAUUCUGCUUUAAAUAGCUGCUCGGUUUAUCGCCUACGAGCAACUUGGGAGCGGCUAGACCGUGAAAAGCAGUCUGCUUAUGAAAAAUUUAAGAAACUGUGCAACCCUCAUUGGAAGGAAAUGAUUGAACGACUUCGUAGCAUAAAUCCCCCUUGUGUUCCAUUUUUUGGUCACUAUUUGUCAAAAAUAUUUUUUUACGAGGAAGGCAACAGCACUUUUGUCCAGAAUCACGAUGUUGAUCUGACACAUGAACAGGUGGGUAAAGAAAAUUUACCGAUAUCUGCCUGUGUUAAUAAGAAGAUUUUGGUGUCUUUUGUAAAAUGCCGUCGUGUGGCUGCAAUUAUCAGCGACAUUCAGAUGUAUCAAAAUCAGCCUUAUGCAUUUGAAGUCGAGCCGUCUAUUCGGAGUUCAAAUAAUGGUAACGUUUAUAAUUUUACGGAAGAGAACCGGAAAAGAGUAACCGAAUAA